AUGAAGAAGUACAAAAUAAUGGUUGGAAUAUUCGGAAUUGAAUCAUUCACGACAUAUUUAAUAAAUAUAUUGCGUUCCAAACAUUUUUCGAUCACUGCCCUGUGGGACAAAGACUUGGCAACUGCCUCAAACCUGGCCCAGAAAUUGUCAAUUCCAUUCUACUCCGACGACUACGACGAAGUAAUAAUAAGAAAAGACAUUGAUCUAAUCAUAGUCUUCACUGCCCCUCACUUUCUAAUCCCCAUCUCAACCAGAGCAGUCAGUAUAGGCAAACACGUGAUUUGUAAUUUUUGUGCGAGUCCUGACCGACUGGAAAUGAGUGGUAUAAUGGAGGCAGGGGAGUACUACCCUCAACUACUCUCCAUGCCCUUCAAUCCCUACCGAUUUGACGACUCCAUCACUCUCCUCAGAGAUCACUUGGACGAUGUGGGGGACCCUCUUUAUAUUCGAGUCACCCUCAGUUGUCACACCUUUGUGAGUAAUUCUCGAUAUGACUGGAAAUGUGAGACAUCCAUGGGUGGAGGAGUCCUUAAUAUACAUGCUAGUCAUAUCAUCGAUAUUGUUGGCUAUAUUAUUGCCGGGAAACCUGUCAAAGUAUUCGGAAGUCUGUUGAGACAAAAAGUUGUCCAUUCUGACACGAUGGCGACGUUUGAGAUGGUUAUGGACACUGAUCUUCACGUUUUUGUCACAAUUUCUGCUUUUUUGGAGUCGAAAGUGUCAAAUCUGGAGUUUAUAGUUUCGGGGUCACGUGGGUAUUUAUCUCUUCGUGGAAAUAAUCUUUUCCGGUGGAUUUAUGGGGAAAGUGAAGAAACGUGUCUGAGCAGACGGUGUGUUCGAACUGACUCGGAAGAAUUCAAUUUGUGUUUAUCGAAUAUGACCAACUCUUUAUAUGACAUGUUUAUAUAUAAUGAAGAACAACGCAAAAUUACUUACCAGGCAAAUGAGAACAUUCCUAAUUUUAUUGAUAUGGGCAAUACUAGUGCUGUUAUCAACGCUAUUCGAAUGUCGGAUAAUACAAGACGUUUUCUCAAUGUGGAAUAUUGA